GCCGCGGCUAGUAUGCCCUGCUUGCGGUUGGCACAAGCCCCUCACAGUUGCGCGACGCGAGAGUGUUCGGCGGAGUCCCCAGCAGCGCGAAAAUGACGUCUAGCGAGACUUCCGAGAGCCCCAGCACCUACUUCCGGCUCACCCACCCGAUUUUUAUGGCGGCCGUGGCGUUCGGGCUGGUGUACCAUGGUUGGACAGUCUUUUCACCAGAAACAUUUCCCUAUGACUACCUGGGACCAAUUGGCACCUUCACAAACUACUUGGUGACGAAUCACAAAAUAUAUGUUGAUAUUGGGUAUGCUAUUGUCUGGCUAAUUCAUAUUGCGGAAGCACUUUACUCUAUCAAGCUGUGCCGGGACAAAGGCAUCACGGAUCCUUUAACCCAGUUUCAGUGGGUCGUUCAAACAUUUUGUUUUGGAUUAACUUCCUUUUUCCACUUGCUGAUUUACGACCCACCGAAGGAAACAAGCACUGGCGAAGGACACGACCGCAACAAAAAGAGAAACUAAAAAUACGGUCAAGGCUUGUGGGGGUUGUUUUCCAUUGGUGGGUGGGGGGUAACACUAAAUACAUACUUGGAAUACCUAUGUGCCUGUCUUCUAGGGUGCCUCUUGGUAUUGCAACUCUAGGAGAAGUGAAGAAAGUAGCUUAUGAAAUUAUUCUGGAUAAACAAGAAGAAGAAGAGUUUGGAUUUAUAUCCCCCCUUUCUCUCCUGCAGGAGACUCAAAGGGGCUGACAAUCUCCUUGCCCUUCCCUUGCCCACAACAAACACCCUG